AUGAGCUGUGAGAGACCUGUCAGUCCCGGGGCGGGUUGGUGCUCGCGGCGGCCGGUUAUCGAUGCUAGCUGACCCGUGAAAAUGACUUUUGAGGUCUUGUGAGGUCGGGUUACCGUUCAGCCAUGUUGCAGGAGACCGAGAGGAGAGGGAGGGAGGAAGGGGGGGACAAGGAGGUGGGGGUAACGGCUGGGCUCUUGACACCUGCCCUCGUUCCCGGUAACCGCAAAAAAAUCCGUGAAAAACGUCUAAAUUGGCGGUUGAGCGGUAGGUGAUAGUCUCCCGCCAUCCCACACCGGGAAAUGACUUUCUGACUCGGUGUGUCGGGGAGUCUGAGUGCCGUUCAGCCAUGUUGCAGGGGGAGGGAGAGAUAACUAGCUAACGGCGGGGCUCCGGGGGUUUUGACACCGACCGACCGACACCGAGGGGAGGAGGGGAGGGGGUUAUGGAGAAAACUGGUGCCCGGUCAUUUUCGCUCCCCUGGCGGAUGCGGAUGCGGUGGCGGCAGCCCGUACUGUGUCGCCUAGAGACGGAGGCAGGAGGCUGAACGAAACGGGGUCGACGAGGGUAACGUUAGUGAGUGAACCGAGGCGAUGAACGGGCUGUCGGUCAAUGAGAGCCAGCAACAGAGAAACCUCCCUCGUUUUUUCCUCUCUGUCUCCGGUUCCUCCUCUACCUCGAUCUCUCCUUCUCUUCUCUAUCAUGCUCUCCUCACUUCCAUAUGUUCAAAAACACAGUCGUCUUAUUUUAGCAACGCUGCCUUCCUCCUCCUCUUCUUCCUCCUCUUCCUUCUCUCUUGCCCUCCUCUCUUCUGAGUUUUGACUCCCUCUCUUUUUUUUUUCUUUUUUUUUACAAACACACACACGCACACACACACACACACACACACACACACACACCCCGGAAAAUGAAGCGUGGGUCGAGUGUGUUGCAGCCUCCCUCUGAUGCAGCCAAACGACACACACACCCUGCAAACACACACACAAAGACACACACCAGCGAUGAUGCUCGCUCGCUGAGCGUGCCUGACAUGCGCGCCGAACACACACCAGAUGCACACGCCACGGGUUCGAGUCCCUUCCCAGCAGCCACCUCUCUCUUCAGCCCUGAUGUCAGCACCAAGAUGGCGUCCGACCUCCUCAUCAGGCUGUCAGAGGCGACCCAGAAGGCCCAGUUGCAUCCUGGGAGGCAGGCAGAGGCGGAGGUGCGCGGUGGGCAGCAGGACGAGCCCGGCCUCGCUCUGUCACCUGACGGCCCCGGGGCGAGUCCCGAGCCGCCGUCACUCUCACACACACCCGAUGGCAACACUGCCACAGACACACUGGCUUCAGACCUGCUGAGGAAACUGGCAGAGCGGCAGGAAGUGAGCAGCCAUGUGGUGAGGGUCAAAGAAGAAGAAGAGCCCAUGGAGGUCGACUCAUUGGUUGCCUCUGACAUCAUCCACAAUCGAGCAGUCCCAAAAGAGAUAACCCCACCUCCCCCUGAGAUGGCGAGCCACCACCUCUUCAGCAUUAAAACAGAAGACCAGGUGGCGGAGCAGCUGCACCCUGGAGCCAAAAUGGCCGACCAGUGUCUCCAUGGCCUUAAAAUAGAAGACACGUUUUACACUGGAGGCUGCCAGCCUGGCUCUAAGACUGCAGACAGCGUCGUUUCUGGAGCCAACAAGUUUCAGUUCAGAGUGAAACUGCAGGAUCAUGGCCCCUCUGGAGCCAAGAUGGAGGACCGGCUUCUAUCUGGAGCCAAGUUGGAGGACCAGCUUCUCUUUAAAGCAAAACUUGCAGAGCGGCCCUUCUCUGCUGCCAAAAUGAGCAACAAGUUCCUCUCUGGGGUCAAGAUGGAGGACCAGUUUCCUCCAGGAGCCAAGAUGGAGAACCAGCUUCUCUUUGGAACCAAAAUGGAGAACCGGCUUCUUCCCGGGGCCAAGAUGGCGGACCACGUUUUCUCAGGAGCAAAGACGGAGGAGCAGCUGUUCUUUGGAGCCAAGAUGGAGGACCAGUGCCUCAGAGCCGUGCUGUGGCAGGACAUGUCGGUGAACCUGGCGUCCACGCUGCUGCACCAGCUCUCAGAGAGAGUCAGUAAAUCCAACAGUCGUCUGGUGGAGAGGACGACCCCGCCCAUCAGAAGCAGUCCUGUUUUGAAGGUGAAUGUGGACCCACUCCGCUCCUCCCCUCUUCUGAGCCCCCAGCAGCCUCCACAUGAAACCAAAACCAGCCUCAGCAGAGAUCAGACCACAGGUUGCCCUUACUUCUACAGGUGUCAUGUGUGCGGCUUUGAGACGGACGGGCGCACCCUUUUCCAGAGUCACAUGACUGAGCACCGCCAAUGGGAGCACAGCUCCUUCUCGCUGCACUGCUGCGUGUGCGACCACUCGACCAAUCAGGAGGCAGAGAUGAGGGCUCACGCCAACACGCACAUACAGGGGACCACAGGAGCCAAUGGAGAGAUCAGAUGCCCCGUCACCCCUCCUGCCGCCGCCUCCAGCAGCACUCCGUCAGUUGCCAUGGCAACCCAGCCGGAAAAUAGCACCUCUGAGCAUCGCUGCCGCAUCUGCCAGAGGUCGUUUCCAGGGCAACAGGAGCUGCUGGUUCACUUCCAGGGUCAUCGCCAAGGCAACCAGUACCGGUGCGACCGGUGCGGCCACCUGACGCGGACAGCCAACAAGCUGGUGGAGCAUGUGCGCGUGCACACGGGGGAGCGCCCGUUCACCUGCGACCUUUGCCCGUACAGCGCCAAGCGGCGGGACAGUCUGCGCCUCCACUGCAAGGUCAAACAUCCCGGCGACGUGCACACACACCGGUCAUACGUGCUCGGAGACAAUCAGCGCUCAAACAAACACGUUCAGCGGCUGCACACACCGCCGAACACACACACUGCUGCACCCUCCUCCCUUCCUCCUCUUCAUCCUUCGCUCUCUGACCGGGCAGGAUGGAGGGAUCUGUCUCCUCUCCUCCCUAUCACCACACUCAUUUCUCUGAAACCACGCUCUCCUUCAUCCUCCUCAUCCUCCUCCUCCCCCUCCCCCUCCUCCUCCUCCUCCUCCUCCUCCUACUCGUCUUCCUCCACCAAACACUCUUUCCUCAGUUACCUUGGUCUGACAACUUCUUUGUAAAUGCUGUUUUCCUUUGUCUCCUCUCCUCUCCUCUCCUCUCCUCUCCUCUCCCCCUCUUCUCCUCAUCUCCUUCUCUCUCCUCCCACCCAUCCUCUCCUCGGGUGCUUUUCUUUAUGCUAACAUGUCUCCUCGAUUCCUUACUUGCAUCUCCUCCUCAAGUCUAACCUCCCAGUGAGGAUGUGAGAGAGAGAUGCGUAGGAUACACCCGUGUUUCCUCGCUCUAAGCUCUUCCAAGAGCCUCCUCUCUCCUUGUCUCCUCGAGGUGCGUUUCUGGCGGAGGGGGAAACAAUGUCAGAGUCACAGGAGGAGAGAGGACGCGAGGAAGCGUGAGUUAGCGUAAUAAAAAACACCUCUUGUCUCCUCUCCUCUCUUUAUUUCUUCUCCUUUUCUUAUGUCCCCUCUCCUUGUCUUCUCUCCUCCCCUCCUCUCCUCCUCUAUCCAUCGUGUGGACUUUUAAAGUGAUGGAUGUAAAGCUCUGUAAUGUAUCCGAGGUACUGUCACUCAACACUAUGUAUGAGAAUGUCAAUCAGAUACUGUUAUAUGCUCAAUGCACUGAAAACACACAGAUAAGGAACGUUUUCAAUUUAUUCGACUUUUGCAUCAUGCUCGUGAUUUCUGCUGCAUUCCUGCCUGCUUUUAGCCCGUCAUAUAACCACUGAACUCUUAGCUAUUUAACCGUGUGACAUAUUUAUUGCCUGUCGCUCCUGUCCUUCAGAAACCCUGCACUUUGAAGAUCCUCCCGUUGCACAUUUAAAAGCACGAGACGCUUCGGUUGAAGAAUCAUUUAUUGAUCCUGAUGUUUUAUUGUGGAGAAAAUCACUGCAGCCAGGAGGGUGAGAUGAUGUCACCUGUUUCCAUUAUAUUUAGAAAUGUAUGUAAUCUAUUUUUAGAUUCUGGGGGUAUUAAAAUAUAACUCGGUACAUUUACUCAAGAGGUGAACUUCAAGGUAGACUAUGCAGAAAACUGUCAGCUUGGCAUUUUGCCUCGCCAUGUUUGCAUGUUUUUUGGCGCUGUAUCCACGGUUUUUGCAGCUUCCUCUUGGAUGGGUGCUGCUCAUGAAGUCCUGCCUUCACUGUGCCCAGGAACGUCUUAUAAUUCAACCCGGUCUCACUGCGAACUUGUUGAAAUCUGAUGCUUGGGCAGUGACUUGCGGCGUCAGACACAGAUGAAAAAAGACCUUUAACGUUGGCAUGAUAUGCAGCUGGUUGCUGUUACAGUUUAACAGUGCCUGGGAGCGUCGGGGGGAAACACAGCAGAACAAGGACUAAUGUGAAGGUGGUGACAGUCCAACUGGGGCGGGAGCGGUGGUGGAUGGGUCCAACAAACACCGACUUUCACCUGAGAGAGCGGUGUUCACGUCCCGUAAGAUUCUAAAA